GUAAACAGUGCAGCGGCGAUGGGAGACGAUGCCCCUGAACGAGCCCUCGGGUCGGCGGAAGGUGCCCUGGCCAUCGUGGGCAUUCUCUAUUUGAGGUUGCAGGAGUUCCCAAAACCCCAAAAUAAUAUUGUCCUCUUUUCUCGCACCCAGUCAAAGCUUGAAAAAGUUGCUGCAGAAAUAAGUGAGGAAUUUGGCGUGAAGACAGAAAUUGUUCGAGCUGACUUUUCAAACGGCCAGCCCAUCUAUCAGGAUAUUUCAAAGCAUCUUCAAGACAAAGAAAUUGGCAUCCUAGUAAAUAAUGUGGGAGUAAUGCUUCCACAUCCAAUGAAAUUUGGAGAAGCAUCAGAGUUUGACAUCUGGAGUCAUGUUAAUGUCAAUGUCGCAGCGAUGCUUGCUAUGACAAAACUAGUUCUACCGGGAAUGGUGUCCCGACACAAGGGUGCCAUCAUCAACAUUGCUUCAAUUGCAGGCACACAUCCACUACCCCUUAUGGGAAUCUAUGGUGCAACAAAGGCUUUUGUUGAUGACUUCUCCCAGACACUGGAAUGGGAAUACCGCAGCUCGGGAAUCACUGUUCAGACUGUUAACCCUUCUUAUGUGUCAACCAACAUGACCAGCUUUUCAGAUCUUGUUCACAAGCAGAAUCCAGCAAUCCCAACAGCAGCAACAUUCGUGUCUCAUGCCAUUGCAACCGUAGGAUAUACUUGCCGUACAAGUGGGUACUGGAUUCAUGGAAUUACGAAACAUGCUUCGGAAAAUUUCUGCCCAAAGUGGCUCUUCAUGUUCAGCAUGUAUAUGUGGAAUCUCCUCUUGCUGCACAAUCUGAAAGAGAACAAGGAAUGAAGCAGUAAAGAACAGUGAAAAGAAUGCAGCACUUUUUAUAUUUUUCACUUUGGUAAAUUGCUCUCUUCAUUUAUAUAUUGUAUAUUUCAAAUUUUAGCCCACUUUUUUUUACUCAUCCUAGUUUUGGGAUUAUGUUGUCAGUGCAGCUUUUGUGUGAGUGUAAUAUUUGAUUUUUUUAUACAAAUCUGUUCUCUGUUAAUUUAUUAGUUAUUUAAUAUGCUAGAGUAAAUGCUUUGUUUUAUUUUAAGUGGGAUACAGUGGGUCCUCGGUUUUCAUGAUAAUCCAUUC